AUGGAUGCAGCAAUUGAUCUUUCAGAUGCUUCUAAAGCUCUCGAUUUGGCUAAUAUUCGUUUUCAACUUAUCCGUCUCGAAGACACCAUAACCUUCCACCUAAUCGAACGGGUCCAAUUCCCCCUCAACCCCACCAUCUACAUCCCCUCCGCGCUACCCCUCCCCAACACCACGCUCUCCUUCCUCGACUGGCUCUUACACUCCCGCGAAACCCUCGACUCCCUAAUCCGCCGCUUCCAAUCCCCCGACGAAUAUCCCUUCUUCCCGGACGCCCUCAAACCACCCAUCCUCCAACCGCUGCACUACCCCACCAUCCUGCACCCCAACACCGUCAACGUCAACGCCCAGAUCAAAGACCACUACAUCAACACCUUCCUGCCCAAAGCCUGUCUGCAAACCGGACGCUCCGACCGCGGCGAGCGCGAGGAAAACUACGGCUCCGCCGCAACCUGCGAUAUCAACUGUCUGCAAGCCCUCUCCCGACGCAUCCACUUUGGCAAGUUCGUCGCAGAGUCCAAGUUCCGCGCAGAGGAAGAAGCAUUCACGAAGAUGAUCCUUGCGGGCGAUCGCGAGGGGCUGGGCCGCGCUAUCACGAAUGAGAAAGUGGAGUUGCAGGUGCUCGAGAGGUUGAGAUUAAAGGCGCGCACGUACGGUACCGACCCGAGCUUGAAUAAAGGGAAUGCGAAGGGAGAGGAGCCGCAGGGGAAGAUUAAUGUAGAGGCCGUAGAGGGCUUGUAUAGAGAUUUUGUCAUCCCGUUGACCAAGGUCGUAGAGGUGGAGUAUUUGAUGCAGAGAUUGGAGAAGAAGGAAUAG